CGACGCCGACGACAACAACUGAAUCCACAUCGACCACCACGACGCCGACCACCACUACUGAAUCGACAUCAACCACUACGUCGCCGACCACCACUACCGAAUCAACAUCGACCACCACGACGCCGACGACAACAACUGAAUCCACCUCGACCACCACGACGCCGACCACCACUACCGAAUCCACAUCGACCACCACGACGCCGACGACAACAACUGAAUCCACAUCGACCACCACGACGCCGACCACCACUACCGAAUCCACAUCGACCACUACGACGCCUGUUUUCUUGCAUUCUUCUACGAAUGCUUCUAUUAAUGUGA